UUUAGCCCAAUAUACACCCACCCGAGCGCCGCCGUCCCCGACCAGCGACGCCGCCUUCGCCGCUCUCCCCCCCUCCUCUCCUCCUCCAACUUCUCGCCGUCGUCGUCGCCGUCGCCGUCGCGGACGCCUCACCCCGCGGCGCUAGUCGACUCCGGGUCCUCCUCGCUUCUUCCGGGUUUGAAUUGGGGUUUAAGACGCGAUGGAAGAGGGGAAGAGGGCAAGGGCGGCGGAUACUGCCGGGAGCCCGUGGAAAUCCCCGCGCCUGGAGCCGCCGGCUGCGUCGGCGUCGGCGGCGGCGGACGAUUCUGAGUGGUUCCAGGCGAUGUUGCUGGAGGCCAGCGGCACCGGCGUUGAGCGGUGCGAGCACUUCAUGUCUGACCAGGAUCACGUCGAUUACAUCGUGUCGGGGCUCAGGUUCUCCGAGGACGUCCCGGUGUGCGGUGAUUACACCUGCGACGUCACCGCGGCGAACGAUAUCAUGGUGUGCUUGGAAUGCGAGUUGCGCCUCUGCGCCAACCACGCCUGUAUCCACGCCAUGCACGAAGAAGAGCAUUCGAUUGCUUUGUACUAUGAGAGAUUGAAUCGGGUGUACUGCUUCAAGUGUGAAGAAGCCUAUGACAUCGGUGUUAAGGAUGAUGAUGGGGGGAUGACUGACAACAAUGGGGUGCCGCGCGAAGAGAGCCCAGCGAAAUCAGCGUUAAGGAUGAUGAUGGGGGAAAGCCUACGACAGAGGUCACAUGUGUCUGGGUUAGCUGAUGGGCAUGCCCAUGCUAUCAAAGGGAUACUGAAUCUUGGAAACACCUGCUACUUGAAUUCAUUGGUGCAGUGCCUCCUUGUGCUUGGAAAGCUGCGGGCAAGGAUGUUAGGACCGGACACUCCACUGGGGACCCUUGGUACAAUACUGUACGAUCUUUUUGAUCAGACAUACGGUGUGAACAAUACAGGAGGCCUGCUGGACAUGACUUGGCUCUUGGCUUAUGUACGCAAGUCGGACUCACGGUUCAUAGGAGCUUUUAUGCAAGAUAACCAUGAAUUGCUUUGCUGUUUGCGAAAAAAAUUGGAUGAGGAGGACAGGGGGACAAAUCCUCCUAACAUGCAAGAUGAUGCAGUGACUCCUACAGUUACUGAUUCCAUUUUUGGUGGUCAGCUGUCUUCUCACAUAUCGUGUAAAUGUUGCUCAUUUAGUUCAGUUUCACAUGUUGCAUUCCAUGAUCUCUCGGUGCCCCUUCCACCAACUCAAUCCAAAAGUAUUGCAUCUCCACCGAGGACUAAAGGAUAUAAAUCUCAACAGAAGAUCCAUGCUGAACUAGAAGUUGACAAGCGUAACCCAGAAAAGAUUCAUACUAUUGCUGAAGACAGUGAUUCUCAAAGUCCUUCAGAAUUGGAAGAUGUGGUAUUGGUGAAAACUUCUGAGCCUUUGAAAGUUGAUUCUACUAAAGUUGAACAGAUCUUUCAUAGCAAGGAUGCUGUAUGUCGCCCUUUGCAGACUCAGAAGGAUAAGGUCCAAGGGGAGACUGUUGAUUUCCUUCCUCAAAACAUGUUACCUGAUGUCAAAGUUGAGGAAAUGGAUUUGACAAAAACAGAUGCCCAUGUUCCAGAAGAUAUAGGGCCUUCACUAAGGAAAGAGAAUGCAUGGAUAGAAUCAGGAAGUGAUGUAGGGAAAAAUGUCAGUGCUGUUCUUGAUGAUGUGUUCAGUGAGCCAGAAGUUAGUUCAGAAGCCAAGACUGACACUUUCUCAGUAGAAGUUAGGAAAAGUCGGAGUAGUGACAUUUCUUGCGAUAACGCGCAGGGUAUCAACUCUCUUGCAUCAAUAGACAAGUAUUUGGAAUUGCAUUUUGAAGCAGAGAUGGUAGAAUGGACUUGUGAGAGUUGCUCCAAGGUUGCUCAGAAGCCAGGCAUCAAUCUAGGUAAAUACAGUAAUCCUAUGAUGUCAAGUACCAAUGAGGACAUAACAGUUGAUGGAGACCAGAGUGAACUGUCAGAGAAGAUAACAUGCCGAAGCGAGCAAUCCAACGGAAGACCUGAAUGCCAUGAAGGUGUUCAAGAAGCUGAACCUAGUUGCAUUCCAGCUGAGAAACAGGCCAACCUGUUGAGCGGCCAGGAUCAAAAUGCCAGCAUACUAAGUGAGGAAAGGGGGGAGCAAGUAAAGCUUCAUCAUGGUGCACACCAAGUGGAAGAAAACCAAAAUGAGCAGAAAGAUUGGAAUAAAGGUGGAAUUAAAAAACAUUUUAUUAGCAAGCUGCCACCUGUAUUAGUCAUUCAUCUGAUGAGAUCUUUGUUGGGACCUCAUAAGGUGAUAGGACAUGUGAGAUUUAAGGAGAUCCUUGAUAUGGGUCUGUUUAUGGACCCCAGUUCAGAAGACAAAGAUAAUCUCAGCUAUCGUCUAGUUGGUGUUGUUGAGCACCGCGGCCUUGGCAACGAUGCAGGGCACUUCCUUGCUUAUGUGAGAGCAAGUCCUCGGCAGGAGACCAGUGGCUCCUCCUCAUGGUUUCGUGCAAGUGAUGACAGCAUCAGAGAAGUCUCUUUAGAAGAAGUUCUCAAGUGCGAGGCUUAUCUUCUUUUCUAUGAGAGGAUGGAAAACUGAGAUGUCCAGAAUUCAACUAAUCAGAAUAGCAAUCACAAAGGAAGCAGGUGUGCCAGAUUGUCAAGCGUUCUUUGGACGACCAAGAAUCCAAUUCUAAUCAGGUUAAUUUGGCUGAGUCAUUUCAGGGCUUCAAUUUGAUCGCGACAUGGGCAUGCUAAGGGAUUUCAGUUGUUCUUGACCAUCUGAUCUGCUUACAUGCAUGCAUAUCCAUCCUUUUUAUGUUAUGAAUGCGUUAGGAUUCCAUUUGAAAACAGAAAUUAGUAUAGUUGGACAUAUAGCGUUAGAGAAUUGAACAAGGUUACUAUAUAGGCACAGGUAACAGUUACACCCCUGGUACAGUUUUUGUGGAUGUUGCUGUUAUUUGCAAUUACUUUACAGUACUAUAGAGAAAUGGAACAUUUACUUUGAAAUUUGCCUCAAUAUUUUUGUGAUGGCAAGAUACAUCAUAUGCAAGAUGAUACAAACUUGAACCUUGAAA